AUGACUAAUCCAGCAGUAGUAAGAGCAAGUCCAGACAGAGAGAACAUUUAUCUACAGAUUAAAGUUAAAGAGCCAUCACUUGACAUUUAUGAUUGUUACGAAAAUUUAUACAAACCAGUUUGUAAUGAUUUGUUAAAAAACCCUGAUAUUUUCCCAGUUACCCUUUUUUUCAUGCCUCUACAGUAUAUUGGUAAUGCAGCUACUUACUGUAAUUUCAUAUUUGAAAUACCAACCUUAGAUACUUGUUUAUAUGGUUUUUUAUGUAGUGGGCAAGAUGAUGAUGUUAAAAAUCAUGUUAUUAAAGAUUUAUCAUGUGAGAAGCCCAAAAUAAAGCUUGUGUUUUGCACUUCAGUUGUAGGAAUGGGCUUUAAUUCACCCUCCAUUGAGAGAGUCAUACAUGCUCGUCCUCCAAGGUCACUUUCAGACUAUAUACAGGAGAUAGGUCGUGCUGGUAGAACUGGAAAAGAUUCAACAGCACUUUUAUAUUGCUUUAAUAGGGAUGUUGCUGCUAAUGUAAAAGAUAUUAAAGAUGACAUAAUUGGUUUUUGCAAGGAAAAAGGUUGUCUUAGAGAGUACAUUUUGAAACAAUAUGGUUUUCAAAAAUCAGAAAUAGACCUUCAUCAAUGUUGUAACAACUGUAGACCACAUUGUUUGUGCAUUGAAUGUCAGAUGCUCAGAAUAGAUAUUUAA